AUGAACUCAACAAUAAAAAGAAUAUCUGUUGUUCUUUUAGGUGAUCAUGGUGUUGGAAAAAGUAGUGUAGCUAUACGAUUUGCAACAAAUGUAUUUAUGUCUGAAUAUUCAAUACAUCCUAAACAGAUACAAGUUUCCAGAGUUUCAGUUGAUGGAACUGAUUAUGACAUUGGUGUUAUUGAUACAAAUGCAACAAUGACAAUUCAAAACGAUGAUCUAAUAAUGAAAGGAGAUGCAUUUGUUGUCAUGUAUUCUGUCACAAACAAAAAUUCUUUUCUUCAUUUACCAUUAUACUUAAAUCGUAUUUAUGAAUUACGAAAAGACCAUUCUAAAACAAUCCCUAUUAUUAUUGUUGGUAAUAAAUGUGAUGAAAAACAACGUGAAGUCAUUUAUGAGUCAGGACAAUUAUUUUCAGAUUCAAUCUCAUGCUUAUUUAUGGAAACGUCAGCAUUAGAUUAUACAAAUAUUAAUCACUUAUUUGACAUAAUUAUUAGGGAAUGGGUUUCAUUUCAUCCGGUAGAGAAUAAUACUUCAUGUGUGGUUGCUUAA